AUGGAAGCAGUGUUCCAAGUUCUCGCAAACGUCAUUAACUUUUUCGAUGACAUCAUAGUCUUUGCCGACGGAUUCGGAAAUUUGCUCAUCUCUCUCGCAGCAGUUUUCGACAGAAUCAAGCAACAUGGUUUACGCCUGAAUCGUGCCAAAUGUGUUUUCGCAGCCCCGGUCUUGGAGUGCCUGGGCCACAAAAUCGACGCCGAUGGACUUCACAAGUCAGACAAACACAUUGUGGCAAUCCGAGAUGCCCCUCGUUCCACCACCCCUGACGAGCUUCAGCUAUUUUUGGGAAAAGCGACUUAUUACAAUUCGUUUAUUCCCAAUCUCUCAACUCGGUCCCGUCCUCUGAGGGACAUGAUGCAGAAAGGUGAUUUGAAGUGGACGCCAGAAAGAAGUGCAGCCUACGAGGACAUCAAAUCAGCUCUGGUGUCACCGCAGGUGCUGAUGCCAUACGAUCCAGCUCUUCCUUUGAUCCUGGCCACUGAUGCAAGCAAGUAUGGUUUGUGA